GCUAGAGCGGCGCCGACGCCGCGGCCGCCAUGGAGGAGGCGCAGCGGAGGGCCCUGCGGCGCGCCAGGCCGCAGCUGGUGGCGGAGCUGCAGGUGGAGCCGCUCUGGAGCCUGCUGGAGGACCGCGGCCUCUUCACCCGCACCAUGCUGGAGGAGCUGCAGAGUGCUGGCAGCAGAGGAGCCCAAGCCAGGCAGCUGAUCAUUGACCUGGAGAGCCGAGGGAAGGAGGCUUUCCCCACGUUCCUCUCCAUCCUGAGGGACACAGGGCAGGCUGGCCUUGCAGAUAUGCUGAUGGAGAAGUGCCAGCCCCUGCCAGCUCCCCCACAGCUGCCUGACCUCAAGCCUGUGGAGCUGGAAUCCCGUGGAGGAAAGAGUGCCAGAAGUGGCAGCCUCCCUGAGCACUUGUCCAUCCCAGUCCAGGCUGAGAGUGAAAGGCCUCAGGUGGCUCCCACACCAGCCCAAGGGUCAGCUGCUGACAAGAGGAACCCAGACCUGGUUUACCAGCUGAAAGCAAAGCCCUGUGGGCACUGCCUGCUGCUCAACAACGUGAGCUUCAGCAGGGCCUCCGGGCUGUCCCCUCGGGAGGGCUCCGACGUGGACUGCGAGCGGCUGGAGAGGCUCUUCAGGGCCUUCUCCUUCAGCGUCCUGACGCGGCGAGACCUGAGGGCUGCGGAAAUGGUUGUGGAGCUGCAGGAGCUGGCACGGCGAGACCACAGUGCCUUGGACUGCUGCGUGGUGAUCAUCCUCUCCCAUGGCUGCCAGAGCAGCCACCUGCAGUUCCCCGGCGCCAUCUACGGCACGGACGGGCGCCUGGUGCCGGUGGAGCGGAUUGUCAACUGCUUCAAUGGCUCCAACUGCCCCAGCCUGAGGGGCAAGCCCAAGCUCUUCUUCAUCCAGGCCUGUGGCGGAGAUAAGAGAGACCGAGGCUUCGUGGUGGGUGGUGAGUCCCCGCCUGAGGAAGCUCCUGGAGCUCCUUUGGAGUCAGAUGCCAAACCUUUCCAUGCUCCCCAGGGGACUGAUGACCAGCCAGACGCUGUGGCCUGCCUGCCCACACCCAGUGACAUCCUGGUCUCCUACUCCACCUUCCCAGGUUAUGUCUCCUGGAGGGAGGCCUCCAGGGGCUCCUGGUAUGUGGAAACCCUGGUGAACGUGCUGCAGCAGUGUGCCCAUGCAGAAGACCUCCUGACCAUGUUAGUGAAGGUGACAAAUGCAGUGGCAGCCAGGGGCAUCUACAAGCAGAUCCCAGGCUGCUUCAACUUCCUCCGUAUGAAGUUCUUCUUCAUGUGCCAGUGAGCCCUGGGCCAGAGGGAGUGCCCUGCACCUGCCUGCAGCCUGCCUGCUGAGCUGUUUGUCCUGAGCACUGUGACCUGUGACUGCUGGCCUGGCUGUGCCCUGGAGAGCAGGUGGAGAGGAGGCAGGGGCAGAGCAGGGAUGAGUCACCCACAGGAUCCUUUGGGUGGGAGAAAAGACCUUGGAGCUCACCCAGCCCAACCAUUCUCUGACUCUGCCAAGCCCAGGGCUAAACCCUGGCCCUCAGCACCACAGCU